AAAACCUUGGCCUUUGCAACGGAAUUUUCGGCUAUUUUUGGGGGCAAUGUUACCUCUGAUCCUUCUUUACCGCGCUCUCGAAUGCUUCCACGUAAGGAGCAUCACACGAUCGAUGUCGUCAUAAGGGAGGCUAUUGAGGCCAAAUCUACUGAUUUAAUUAUUAUCGGGGAGCGCCUCAAAGAGCCUUAUUCACUUACUUUGGUUCAUUUACCGAGUGGACCCACCGCAUCUUUUAGACUUUCUUCAAUAGUUACGUCGAAACAAUUGGGAAAGAAUUGCGGAUCGGCUACAAACCAUCCACCAGAGCUGAAUAUGGCCAACUUUGACACCAUGCUAGGGCUGACGGUUGGCCGAUUCUUGACAAAUCUGUUUCCAUUUAAACCCCAGUUUGAGGGCAGGCAAAUUGUCACAUUCCACAAUCAACGAGACUUUAUUUUUUUUAGAAGGCAUCGCUAUAUAUUCCAAGGUGUAACAGGGGGCGAAAAGACAAAGUCCACCACCUCAUCAGCGCCCUCUGUUCGCAUGCAAGAGCUUGGUCCUCGGUUUACCCUGAAGCUCAUGGCCAUUCAAAAAGGAACAUUUGACCUGACAAACGGCGAAUAUAUUUGGGUGCGAGCCAAUUCCAAAAUGAACACACGCAAGCAGUUUUACUGCUGA